AUGUCCAAUAUUGAUGCGAAUUAUUUAUCACAUCCUCCUGUUCGAGCUUCUACUGGGGAGAUUGUGAUUACAAUUCCUAAGGAUGUCAUUCGGCGUUCUAAAGAAAUAUGGAAAUUCAGUAUUGUAGGUCGUUUUGAUUUCAAAAUCCUGGGUACCAAGUUUGAAGAUGUUAAGCGAAUUCUUUGCGAACAAUGGAGAUUAACAGGCCAAGUCCAGUUUAUUCCAUGGGUGAAAGGUUAUUUUGUCAUUAAGAUUAGCAAUGAGGUUGAUCGUAAAAGAGUUAGCUAUGAAGGUCCGUGGAAGGUUAAGGAACAACAAUUAAAGAUGAUGCCAUGGAUUCCUAUGUUUAAUCCUGAAUCGGAAAAGAACUCAAGGGCCACGGUUUGGGUGCGUUUCCCAUAUCUUCACUUUGAAUAUUGGGAGGAGGAGAUCUUAUUUCGAAUUGCUCGUGGCCUUGGAAAGCCUGUGGCUGUUGAUCCGAGAACAUUGAGAGUUGAAUAUGGUUAUUUUGCUGCGAUACUGGUGGAUAUAGAUUUUUCAAAACCUUUGCCUAAGCUUGUUAUUGAUGAUGAGGAUUGUCCGGAAGGUUUUCGUCUUGAUUAUGAUUUUUUGAAUAAGCCUGAUUUUUGUGAUCAUUGUAAAUCAGUUGGUCACACUUUGUCCCAAUGCAGAACAGCUAAAUAUAAAGAUUUGGAGAAGCUGCAUGAUACUGAAGAGGAUGAUUUAAAACGUGCGGUUAUCAAGGCUGAAAUGGAUGAACUGAAAGAUUAUUGGAAGAAGGAAAAAUAUGUCAAGCCAAAAGAUAAGCCUCCACCACCGGCUCAUACUGGAGGAGGAGGAGGAGGAGGAGAACAAUCUUUGGAUCCUAAGAAGAUGGGUUAUGUAUUGGAGGAGUGA